AUGCAACUGGAGCUUUGCACGGCGUCCUUGCUGGACACAAGGAGCGAUGGCUUGAAGGGAGAGGUGCUCUUCACCGCUUUAGAUUCCAGCGACAGCUACGAUGUCUUCGUCUUGGCUCUCAGCGAUGCCCGGCUCUUGGCACGCUGCUGUGUCGGGGACGAGGUGCAGCUCCUAGAGCUGCCGCUGCCCAGGGCAGAGCUGCAGCGAGUCACGGCCCUGGACCUGGGGCCACACGCCAGGUACCUGGCAGUGGCCUGCGAGGCAUUGCUGGUGGUGGUGCCAUUGCUGGAAGUCCUGCUCGCCCAUGCCCCACCUGGUCCUUUGGCCGACCGCUUGGCGGCUGCCAGGAACGAGGCCGAGGAGGUGAAAGCUGCUUGGGGCUCGUGGGCGCUUGGAGAACAGAUGCUGGCCGACCUUUUUGGUGGAGUCACGUCGGCAUCGACAUUCCGCUUUCCAGUGCCAUCCAUUCAGCAGGACGGCGACGCCGUGACCUCCAUGCGCUGGUGGGUUCAGCCGGGCGAGCCGGAGGUGUCAGAGGCGCAGCACCACCUGCUGGUGGGCUCCUUGUCGGGUCGCCUUUGCAUCAUGGACGUGGCCUCGCAGCAGGAGGUGCGCACCUUCAGCCUGGCGCCCAUCGUUUGGCUACAGCUCUGCAGGUACCACUGCCAAGAGUGGCUGCUCAUUGAGACCACCGCCGAUCCCAAGCACUGGAAGCUGCUGCUGGCAGCUCGCAUGGAGCGGCCCAAGGAGCCAGCGCUGCAGUGGGCCAUCACGAAGGGUCAGGCGCUGCCUACCUCCUCCAGCGAGCACUUUGAACUGGAGCCCUUGAGCAUGCCGGCCCUGUACAUGCUGCUGGUGGUGCGUCGCGGGGCCAACUCAGAGCGCCAGGAUCGCAGUGAAGUCCUGGGGAUGCUGGUGGACGAGGCGGAGGGCCAAGAACACCCUAAGCUUUGCCUGCUUCUGUCGCUGCCCUCCUUCCCCGAGGACCCUUUGGCCCGCAUCGACCUGCCCAUCGAUGCCGCGGCCCCUGGGAAGUCGGGCAACAGGAGAUUGAUGGACCUGGUGCCGCUCUCAGGCGGACUUUUCCUGUCGGUGAUCCACGGCAAGAACGAAAGCUUCAUGACCCUCUCCACCGCAAAGCCCCAGCCGGGGGGGUCGGAGGCUCCGGCGAACCAGGUGGUCCAGGAGCUCUCGGUGCCGGGGCGCGUGCUGGGUGUGGCGGGUGCGCUCGGGGCGGUGGCGGGGGUCUUGGCCUUCUUUUGGACGGCCACAGAGGUCUUCACGCUGACAGCCACGGAUGUGUCCAAAACCUUGCAGGAGGAGGUCAUCAGGAGGGCCAGCGAGGCUGAUGCGGAGUUUGAUGAAUUGCCGCUGUUGUGCUGGGCUUUGGACGUGGACAUCGACACCUUGUUGCUGGACGCGGGCCGCCGCAUCCUCUCUGGCAGAUGGGACCACAUCGGGGAGCAGGGCGUGAGGACGGCCCUGGCGCUCUGGGCCCGGCGGUCCCGGCCCUUGGAGAUGCCACUGCUGCAGCUCCAAGAGUGCUUCAGCGAGCUGGCGCAACAUGUGGAGCUCAUGCACAACCUGGUCCCCAGUAUCUUGUCGCUCCUGAUGCCGCACUGGCCGGAGGUGGUGGCCAGGUUGGAUGGACUGCACGGCAACCAUGCAGACGAGGACGCGCCGCCGGAGCUGGCGAACGUCGCGUGGUUCCUGUCCCUGGUGGUGAUGCUCCUGGUUGUUCUCCACCUCCGGGCCACCGCGCCCCCAGGGGAAUACAAGCGGGGGCAGGAGGGCCUCGCCUUGCGCUCUUGGGUCUCCGAACAGGUGCCCCGGAUCGUGGGGUGCAGGGCGCCCCGAAGCUUUCAGCAGCUGGCGGAGAAGGUACAGGCGGACUUCGAUGCUUGGUGGGCCCAGGAGGCAGAGAAGGCGCAGUCCGCAAGCCCUAUGACCAGCAUGUUGGCGAGCACCUUCACGGCCAUUGAGCCAAAAAAGACCGACUUUGAGGAAUACGAGGAUCUGCCCGCGGGCUGCUGCUCCGCUCGCCUGCUGCUGCUGGGAUGUCUGGACGCCAGCAGCCUGGGCGGCCUGGCGCGGGCCUGCGGAAGCCAGAGCGCAGGGCUGCUGGUGUCUCUGCUGCUCUACGGCUGCGAGCUGUGCGAGCCCCCGCUGCUCCUCGCGCCCAGCGCUGCGCUGGCGGCCUCGCUGCUGCCGGAGCUGCUGCGCCCCGGGCUCGGCACUGAGGUGAUCUUCCGCAUUCUUUGGGCCAUCUUCGGUCCUUGCCGGCCGAAUUCAACACGUGCGGCGAAGCCUACGGUGGUGAACAUCACCGUACCCGAGCCUUUGCUUGCCGAAUUUGCUGAGCUGGACGAAUCUGAGACCGAGGAGGCGCGGUGGAUGUGCUUCUUGUGCCUCCUGGGCCAACUGGCGAAGGGCCGCUGCGCGGAGUGCUCGCACGUCUGGACCUUCGAGCAGGAGCCGGGCCAGGCGGCGUUGUCGGCCACGGAGCCCAAAGGCCAGCAGGUGCCGCAGGAGGUGCUGCGAGCCCUCGAGCGCCUUCUUGCCGGACCGGCGGAUGAAGCCGAAGCGUUGAGUGAUGCGACGCCGACCGGCAAGCCGCCCGAGAUGCUGAUGGAGCUACUGGAGCGCGGCGCUUGCUGGGAAGUGGCAAAAGAGGAAUCUGUGAGGAUCGCGUGGAGCACUGCAGCUGGUGGGAAGAGGCUGCAGGCGACAGGCGCCUGCUGCUGCUGGCGCUGCUGGCGGCGACGGAAAGUUGGAUUUGGGAGCUGGACUGGAGUCCUUCUUUCCGACUGCACCUGGCGUAUGCCCUUCACACACUGA